GAAUUCCUCACACCAAAACCCUCGCAUCUCUCUUCAUCCACCUCUUCGUCCUUGUCUUCUCUUGUGUUUUAGGUUUUAAUCUUCAAAGACUCCAGACUGCAAUCUUCUUUGAUUCUUGCGACAUUUGGGGCUUAAUCUAUUCAACGGAACUCCAAAUCUAGGGUUUCAAUGGAUAUUCCUCAAGAAAUUGAUGACUACAUCAAAGAAUCUAUCCAAUACUCACUAGGCCUCCCCGUUUCUGCACAAACUUUGGAGUUAAAGCUUCAAGCCUCCUUAGAAGCCCAAAACCAACUCCGUGAUCGCUGCUUGCAUCUUCAUUCUAAAUUGAAGGAGAAAGACGAAAUCAUCGAACGAACUAGGGCUGAAGCGAGUAUGAAUGCAUUGGCACUGAAAAAGUUCGUUGAGGAGAAUCAAAAAUUGGCUUUGGAGUGUGCGAAUCUUUUGAGUCAGUGUUCCAAGUGGGAGAAAGAGUGCUCUCUCUACGAUCAUGACCGAGAAGCUCUGAUGGAUUUUGGAAAUGAGGCUGAUGAGCGGGCAAAGGAGGCUGAGAUGCGUGUUCGUGAGUUGGAGGAGGAGUUGAGGAGAUCGGUAGAUGAAUUGCGGUUCUACAAGCAUGAAUAUGAGCUACGGACGGUUGAUUCAUCGGUGCAUGGCACAGCUGUGGAAGAAAAUCUACUCGAGUCAGUUUUAGCAACAUUAAUUAAUAAGGAUGGAGGGGUAGCAACUGCACAUGAUUUCUUGGAGGCAAAUAGUGAGCACGAACUGUGCCAAGAGUUGCUGAAAAUGUGGAAUCACUUGAAGCCAUCAACUCAAAGGGUUCUAUCACUUGCUGCUGAAGUGAAGACACUUGAGAAUGAAAGGGAACAUUUAAAGCUCAACCUACACAGAGCUGAAGAAGAGGUGAAGCUGUUGUUUGAUGAAAACAACGUAUUGGAUGAGGAGAACAAAAGAUUGUUGCAGCAAUACCUCAAAGAAAGGAACCAUCCCGGUUCUGGUGGAAAACAUAUCAGUAGCGCUUCUGCCAAGGGCAACAAGCGAAAAUGUAGCCCCAAGACGCAUAGCCCCAUUGAGAGGAAGAUUGAUUUCACUGACCUGGAAUCAUCAAGGCAGCCUUUAUCACCCUUGCAGCAUAACUCUCCUAACCCUAGACUCCAUAAGAAGUGAUAAUAAAUUUUCACGGAUUGCUUAGAUUCCAUCUUUUCUUCUGUUCUUGAAAGUCCAUUUAUCCCAAAUGGUGUUGCUAAUUGUACUUGAGGUAGCUUUUUCUUGAAACUAUAUAUUUGUUGUCUGUAAAAAAUGUGUCACUGAUUUUUGCAGAGAGACUAAUGGACUAAAUCUCUCAUUUUCCCUUUUUUCUUGGGAAUCAUCCAGAAAAUAUUGAUCCAGAGGAGUCUAGUUACUAAUUAAGCAAUCUAUUGCAAUGUUGAAUGCUUUGACCA